UGAAAGAAAGAAAAUUAUGGUUUUCCAAUUUCAACAUGAUAUGGACAUGCGUUGUUCGGGUGUGUCAUCCAUAGUUGGGAAGUAUUGUAAAAGUUGAGUCAUGAAGGCCGACCCCAGGACAUCUAGGUUGAGUGGGUUUGAAUGGUUGCAAGAGACUAUUGGAACACCCGGAGAGACGUACACAAUGUUGAGAAUGAAUGCAAAUGUGUUUUUUGAUCUUCAUGACAAGUUGGUGGGGGAGUAUGGCCUCAAAGAAACAUGCUUCGUUACCACUUAUGAGUCUCUAGCUAUGUUCUUGUGGACCUUGGGAGGGUGCAAAUCAAAUAGGAGAACCCAAAACCGUUUCAAACAUGGAGCGGAUACAGUCCACCGAAAGUUCCAUGAGGUUCUACAAUGUGUGGUCAAGAUGUCAUCUCACUACAUUAGGCCUCAAGACCCAAAUUUUCGCAUCGUGCAUGAUAGGAUUAAGCGUGACAAAAGGGCUUAUCCUCAUCUCAAAGACUGCAUUGGUGCAAUAGAUGGGACACAUGUCAGGGCUUCUAUUCCGGAAGGACCUUCAAAAGUAAGGUAUAUUGGAAGAACAGGUGCAACAACUCAGAAUGUGAUGGCAGUAUGUGACUUUGAUAUGCAUUUCACCUACGCUUCAAUUGGACAACCGGGUUCUAUGCAUGAUACAAGUGUGUUAUUCCAUGCAAUCGAAAAUGACAAGGCCACACUCCCGCAUCCUCCAAAGGGCAAGUAUUACCUAGUAGACGCCGGCUAUCCUAACAGGGAUGGCUAUCUAGCACCAUACAAAGGAGAACGCUAUCAUGUCCCCGACUUCCAGAGAGGUGCACCCCCAACUACUCCUAUAGAAAAGUUCAACCGGAUCCACUCCUCCAAGCGCAAUACCAUAGAGAGAACUUUUGGUGUUUGGAAGAUGAAAUGGCAAAUCUUGCUUAAGAUGCCAAACUACUCAAUCAAUACACAGAAGAUGAUUGUUGCGGCUACUAUGACACUACACAACUACAUUCGCCUCCAUGACAAAGAGGAUCUCCACUUUCUUCGGUGUGAGAGGGAUCCGGAUUAUGUUCCAACUAUUCCAGAUAGAUACAAGAAAUACGUUAUUCCUCCAAAUGCAUCAGAUGCUUCAACAUCGGCGGAAAGUACUCCUAAUAUGGAUUUGUUUAGGCAUGAACUUGCUACCGCCAUUGCUCUUAGUUGGUGA